UAUUCACCCGCGUCUUCCGCCCUCGGAGGGGGAGGGGCGGCGGCCGAGGCGAGAAAAGUAGCGAGAGACGCGCCGGCCCGGAGGCGCCAGCAGCGGCCGCCGCCGCGGAGCCGGACGCGGGCGGGGGCGGCGGCGGCGGCGGCGGCGAGACCCGGCGAGCGCGGGCGGCCCCGAGCGGCCUCCGAUGCGGCGCAGCGUGAAGAGGCGGCGGCGGCGGCCCCCGGCGGCCCCGGCCCCGGCUGCCCGGGGCGGCGGCUUUAGGGCCGGAGGAGGGGCCGAGCUGGAGGCGCGGGAGGAGAAGGUGGUGUACUCGCGGUCGCAACUGUCGCUGGCCGACAGCACCAAGGCGCUGGGCGACGCCUUCAAGCUGUUCAUGCCCCGCAGCACGGAGUUCAUGAGCUCGGACGCGGAGCUCUGGAGCUUCCUCUGCAGCCUCAAGCACCAGUUCUCCCCGCACAUCCUGCGCAGCAAGGACGUCUACGGCUACUCCUCCUGCCGGGCCCUGGUCCCCGACCCCCCGCCGCCCCCCGCGGCCCGCGGCCAGACGCGCAGGCCGGCGGCCAGGAGGAGGCGCCGCGGAGCCCGGGCGGCCGCCGCCCGCCGGAGGGGGGCCCCGCCGGGCCCGCCGCUGCCGCCGCCGCCGCCGCCGCCGCCGCCACCGCCGCCGGCCCCCGAGGACAGCUGCCCCGCCAAGCCCGCGGUCCCCGGGCCCUGCUUCGGGGGCCGCACCCUGGAGGAAAUCUGGAGGGCGGCCACCCCGACGCUGACCACCUUCCCCACCAUCCGCGUCGGCGGCGACGUGUGGGGCGAGCGCAGCCUGGCGGCGGCGCGGCGACGGGCACGCCAAGUCCUGCGAGUGAACCUGGAACCCGUGGUGAGGCUUCGCCGCUUCCCGGUGCCCCGGGCGUGAGCUGCGGCCCUGGCCCCUGCGCCCCGGGACGGCUUCCGCCUGGAGGGAUGAACAAGUGACAGUCGAGUGUUUACAGAUCCGGCCUGGACCGCGUCCCCUAGUGCACUUUACGGGCGAAGAAGCACCGGAUGGGCUUUCCCGGCCCGCGUCCCCGGGAUGCGGCGCCGCCGUCUGGGACUCCGGGGCAGGUGUGCCCUCUGCUGCCUCCCAGCACCAGGUUUGCGGAAGGAGGAGACGGCUGGACCUGCAAGGGAGGUCCCCUUUCUUCCUAAGCCCAGACUGAUACGUCUCCAGGACUAUAGGGGCAGAUCCGUUUUCUCCCUUUU